AUGGUGAGCUGUAAUACAACGUCUGAAGAACAGACAAUCGUCGAGGACCCUCUGUUCGCAAAGGUCACCUUCCAUCAUGUCGGUCUUGUCGUGUCGGCUGUCUUCGCCCUCAUCUCAGUCAUCAUAUCCUUCUUUCUGGUCGUGAAGCACGCGACACAUUAUUCGAAGCCAUGGGAACAGAAACACAUCAUCCGAAUCCUCCUUAUGAUACCCAUCUACUCGACCGUCUCCUUCCUCUCCUACCUCUACUACAAGCACUCGAUAUACUUCGAAGUUCUGCGCGACUGUUAUGAGGCCUUUGCGAUCGCCUCGUUCUUCACCCUCCUUUGUCACUACAUCGCUCCAAAUCUACACGAGCAAAAGGAUUACUUCCGCCAAGUAAAGCCCAUCAACUGGUUUUGGGGCGUUUUCGGACUGCAAAAGUGUACAGGCGGAAAAGACAAGGGCAUCUUGCGCAUACCGAGAAGCGGGUUGACCUGGUUCAACGUCGUUUGGUUCUCAGUAUUCCAGUACGCCUUGGUCCGUGUGCUAUUUACCAUCGUCAGUGUCGUCUCGGAGGCCUUGGAUCGCUACUGUGAAGCCUCGCUACAUCCAGCUUUUGCUCACAUUUGGGUCAUGGUCAUUGAGGGUGCCUCGGUCACUGUUGCCAUGUUCAUGCUGGUCCAAUUCUAUCUGCAAUUGAAAGUCGAUCUCGCUGAACACAGACCUUUCUUGAAGGUCCUGUGUAUCAAGUUGGUUAUUUUCUUCAGUUUCUGGCAAUCGCUUGUCAUCUCGUUCCUAUCAUCGUCCAGUGGACCUUUACAACCUACGAACAAGAUCUCGUAUCCGGACAUCAAGGUAGGCAUUCCGUCAAUGCUCUUGUGCGUCGAAAUGGCCAUAUUCGCUGUGAUGCAUCUCUUCGCCUUCCCGUGGCGCGAGUAUGACCUCUCAAAAACUCCAUACGCAGAUCCUGUCACCGCUCCUGGCUCUGGAUUCUCAGGAACUGCACCCAAGUACCACGGAGGUUGGUUGGGAAUCAAAGCCUAUGGCGACACCUUCAAUCCCUGGGAUCUCAUCAAGGCUACAGCUAGAGGCUUUAGAUGGCUCUUCGUGCGUCGCAGGCAUAGACACCACGACGUCUCAUACACAACACCAAAAAUCAACAUCGACGAACCAGCGACAUCGAUACCUGGUCCUAAUGUCACAACUCAUACGGUACCAUCCGCAACGGAGCUUGAACACCAAAGGCGAGCUAGGGCGGAUACAGUCGACGAUGCUGAUACAGCUGGUCUGUUGUCCAACGCGCAGCAGAGUGGUUUAUCAGCUCGCCCAUACCCAUACUCGCCUUCGCAUUCGCCCAUAAGAAACGGCUCAUUUGAAGAUAGGUCGGACCAUGGAGAGUCAGAGGCACCUGGAGCCGAUAUGAGUCUCAUGGGAGGUCGAGCGCAAGUGUCUCAGCCAAGUGCAUUUGGCAGUAACGACGCAUCGAGGCCGGGCAUGAACAGAUGGGACAGUGACACAGAGUACCACAGUACGACAGGACCUACUAUGGGCCCUUACGCAGGAGUUGAUGGUAAUACCGAAUCCUCUUCGAACCAAUGGGACUACUGGGCUGGCGCUAGUAGACACCAAUAA